CAUUAAUACUCAUAUGCUCUCCAUGUUGAAGCAAAAACGCAAAGCGCUAUUCCUGUUCUGAAGAAGAAGAAAAAACAAAUCAAGAAAAAUGUCCAAAGAAGCUGAGAUGUCCAUAGCAGUAUCGGCCUUGUUCCCUGGGUUCAGAUUCUCUCCGACCGAUGUGGAACUCAUCUCGUAUUACCUCCGUCGUAAAAUUGAAGGUGACGAAAACUCUGUCGCAGUGAUCGCCGAGGUUGAGAUUUACAAGUUCGAGCCGUGGGACUUGCCAGGAGAAUCCAAGUUGAAAUCGGAGAACGAGUGGUUUUACUUCUGUGCAAGGGGAAGAAAAUAUCCACACGGGUCACAGAGCAGGCGAGCUACAGAGCUAGGAUACUGGAAAGCUACUGGUAAAGAGCGGAGCGUGAAAUCUGGGAACCAAAUAGUUGGAACCAAGAGGACACUCGUCUUUCACAUCGGUCGGGCUCCUCGGGGUGAAAGAACAGAGUGGAUUAUGCAUGAGUAUUGUAUCCACGGUGCAUCGCAAGACGCGUUAGUGGUGUGCCGGUUAAGGAAAAAUGCUGAUUUUCGAGCUAGUUCGAGCCAGAGACAAAUGGAGGAUGGUCUAGUGCAAGACGAUGACUAUGUUGGUCAAACUGGUGGUUCUGAGAGGGAGAAGAAAUCUUAUUUGGUUGAUGAACCUGAGCAGCUUCAGAUAUCAAAUGGUGACAUAGCAGAAUCAUCAAACGUUGUUGAGGACGACACCAACGAUGAUUGCUACGCCGAGAUUCUGAACGAUGAUAUAAUAAAGCUAGACGAGGAGGCGGUAAAAGCAAACCAAGCAUUUCGUCCAAAUUAUCCGACUCAACAAAAAGCAAUAUUCACCGAGGCAUCAUCUAGUAAGCAGAUGUCAGAAUGUGGUAUGAAGAAAGAAUCAAAGCAAACAAUGAAUAGUUACGCUUUGUUCAGGAUCAAGAACGGCAGCACUGCCUCCUCCUCUGGCUGUAAAAUUCCAAAUCCUUUAACCCACAUUAAGAAAGAUGAUAGCCAAAGAGUGACAAAGAAUGUUUUGGCUACUACUGUUUUCUUGACUAUAUUAAUGUCUGUCCUUUUUACUGUCCUAACAGCUAGGGACAGGGACUAAAUCUUAUUCUAACUCACACCUAUGUGUACUUGUAAUACGGAAACUUAAUUCUUUAGUAGUAACUAGUAACUAAACUUGUUUUGUAUGUUUUUUCUUUCCUCUAUUUUUUGGGGGACCGAUUUAUUAAUUUAGUGUUCGUAGAUA